AUGGGACAGGAGAAUAUCACAGUAAUAACAGAAGUUUUACUAUUGGGAAUUCCAAGUUUCCACCAGCAUAAAUUUUUAACUAUAUCUCUUUUUCUUGUGGUUUACUGGGUGACAAUAUGUGGGAACCUCCUGAUCAUCUCACUGGUGGCCCAGAGCAAGAAUCUCCAUUCUCCUAUGUACUUCUUCAUUACCCAGCUUUCUGUGUGUGACAUUUUGGUGGCCACAGAUAUUGUUCCCAAAAUGCUUUAUGUUGUCCUCAAUGAUGGAGGCCUCAUUUCUCUCUUAGGCUGUAUCACUCAAUAUUUAAUCUUUUGUACCUCCGGAACCUCAGAGUGUCUCCUAUUGGCAGUGAUGUCUUAUGACCGUUAUUUGGCCAUAUGUAACCCACUGCGUUACAGUGCUAUAAUGAGUCACAUGUUUUGCUUUAAAUUAGUUCUCAUGUGCUGGGUAUUAAGUUUUUUAUUGCUACUAACUCAAGCUAUACCAAUAUUUAAGUUAUGGUUUUGUGGACCACAUGUGAUUGACCAUUUUUUCUGUGAUUUUAUCCCUUUGAUGGAACUUUCCUGCUCAGAUACUUAUGUGUUUGAAAUGGAAAUUAAGUUGCUUUCCAUCCCAUUAGUUAUCACACCAUUCAUAAUCAUUACUGUUUCCUAUGUCUAUAUAAUUUCCACCAUCCUAAGAAUGCCAUCCCUUACUGGCAUACAUAAGGCCUUCUCUACCUGCAGCUCCCACCUGGUCGUUGUCUCUAUAUAUUAUGGAACCCUGAUAAGUAUUUAUGCAGUACCUAAGAAAGCAAAUUCACAAAGUUUAAGUAAACUCCUGUCUCUAUUGUAUACUGUGGUAACACCAAUGAUUAACCCUUUCAUAUAUAGCUUUAGAAAUAAGGACAUUCAUAAAGCAUGUGAUAAAUUCAUUAAUAGAAAAAAUGGUUUUAUUAUUUUAACACAUUUGACAGUAUAA